UUGGCAGGAAAAAAAAAAGGUACAUCUGGUCUAAAUGGAAGUAAACAAGAUCUCAGAGUCCUUUUCUCUGUGUAAAGCCACUUCCCCAGAAGGUGUGUUCAGGCAAUGACAGGAGGGCUAUAAAGGGACCCCAGGAUGCUGAUACCCACACUUCGAGUUAGACAUGGCCAUACAGAGUUUGCUGCAUUAUGUGGGCUCUAGCUCGCUGCUCUAUUUGGCAGCAGGGCUGCUUGCUCUCCUUUACUUUCUUAACAGCAUGAAGAAGUCGGUUUGCAGUUUGCCUCCUGGGCCACGACCUCUUCCUCUGAUUGGGAACCUGAAUGUGGUAGACCUGAAAAAGCCGUUCCAGUCACUGACAGAGCUCUCCAAGAUAUAUGGCAACGUCUUCACUGUGCAUUUUGGACCCAGGAAAGCUGUGGUACUGGCUGGAUACGAGACUAUCAAAGAUGCCCUUUUAAAUCAUGCUGAAGAAUUUGGAGAGAGGGCAGAAAUACCCAUAUUUAGGAAAAUGACACAAGGAAAUGGCUUAGCAUUCAGCCAUGGAGAGCUAUGGAAAACUAUGAGAAGAUUCACCUUGUCCACACUUCGAGAUUUUGGAAUGGGAAAGAGAACCACUGAGAUCCGAAUCUUGGAGGAAGUAAAUUCCCUUAUCAAAUAUUUUGAAUCCUACCACGGGAAACCAUUUGAUACGAAGAUGAUAAUCAACAAUGCUGUAUCCAAUGUCAUCUGCUCUAUAUUGUUUGGAGAAAGGUUUGAAUAUGAUGAUCCCGUAUUUCUAACUUUGCUGAAGCUGAUAAAUGAAAAUACUAAACUGUUGGGCUCCCCUAUGGUGCUGUUAUAUAAUUUCUACCCAUCCCUUGGAUUUCUCUCCGGAGCUUCCAGGACUGUGCUACAAAAUGUCAGUGAACUGAAUGCUUUUCUCCAGAAGCUCUUCCAGGAACACAAAGAAGAGUUUAAUGAAAAUAACUUAACAGGCUUUGUUGAUGCCUUCCUGAUGAAACAACAACAGGAGUCAAAGAAAACCCACACUGUCUUCAACAAUGGAAACCUGAUGUUUUCAACCCUUGACCUCUUUGCUGCUGGGAGUGAGACUACUUCUACAACUGUGCGCUGGGGUCUUCUCCUGAUGAUGAAAUACCCAGAAAUUCAGAGAAAGAUUCAAGAAGAAAUGAACCAUGUAAUUGAACCAGGAGAGCUGCCUAAGUUGGAGGACCGUAAAAAAAUGCCUUAUACAGAUGCAGUGAUACAUGAAAUACAAAGAUUUGCCAAUAUUGUACCAAUGGGUGUAUCACGAUCAACUCCUACCGACGUGAAUUUCCAAGGCUAUGUGAUUCCUAAGGGUACAGAGAUUAUUCCGCUGCUGACUUCUGCUCUGAAUGAUGAGUUACACUGGAAAACCCCAGAUCAGUUCAACCCUUCCCACUUCCUGGAUGCCGAUGGGAACUUCAUUAGGAGAGAGGCGUUUAUUCCAUUCUCCAUAGGACGAAGGGCUUGCCUUGGAGAAGGACUAGCCAAAAUGGAGCUGUUCCUCUUCUUUGCGGGCUUGCUGCGCAGAUUUGUUUUCCAACCCUCUCCAGGAGUGGAUAAGUCAGACCUAGAUCUCACUGCUGAUGUUGGCUUUACCUUGAACCCCAUGCCUCACCUGGUUUGUGCUGUGCCCUAUGAAUGA